GUGCAGGUCGUGGGGCCAUGGCCUCUGCCAGCGAGCUUGCGAGCACCCAAGCGGAGCUGCAGUCCGUGAAGCGGGCGUUGCAAAGUGGAGCAGCCUACCUCGGACUUCAGGGUGAAGCACUUCAGAAGUACUUGCUCCAAUUGAGCGAGAAGGAGAAUCUCUUGCUCUCCAAGCAGUUGCAUUCCAUGGCAGCUCAGGAUAGCUUCGAGCCAUUAUCGCCGGCGACGGCAUCUUCCGGAUCCACGCGAGGAUACGCAGCAGGGGAUGUGACCACCGGGGCCCAUCAGCCUGCGCGACCUGCACCAGUGGGAGAUGCUAAGGCGUUCAACCGCGAGAAUCUGCAAGAUGUUCUGACUCAUAUGGCAGAAUAUGAGGCGGUGCCGGCAGAGUGUGCGAAGGCCUUGAAGGCACUGUCUUCCCUGGCCUAUUCCAACGCACGGUCCGUGGGCAAGGACGAGCGAGUGCUCGCUGCUUUGCUUAGAGCAGUCCGGUUGCACCAGUCAGAAGGUGCUGUGCAGCUCACUGCCAUGCGGGCGAUCUCAAACAUGGCUUAUGACCAGGAAGUGGCCCUGACAAGACUAGCGAAGUCUGAUGUCAUGGGGCAGCUGUUGACUUCCGUGGCUUCGAAGUCUGAACCAAAGGAGAUUGCCGCCACGGCCAGCGAAGCUCUGGCCAGAAUCUAUGCUGCAGAGGAAGCGAAGGGGAAGAUCGCACUUGCGAAUUGCGAUAAGAUUCUCGACAACUUGUACUUGGGUGGGGUUGAGGCCACAUCAGACCCUCAGCAGCUCACCUCUCAAGGAGUUCGAGCCAUUUGUGUUUGUUGCCGAGAGUUUGAGAUCCCCUCCAAGAAGUUUGUGCCUGGUAUCGAGUACUACCGCGUGGACGUGGAGGAUCAGAGCAGAGAGCCGCUGGAAGAGUUUUUCGAAGAAGCGACUGACUUCAUCUACCAGUGGACCUCCCAGAAUAUGCCUGUUUUGGUGCAUUGUCGAGCUGGCGUUUCGCGGAGUGCAUCAGUGGUGUUGGCCUACAUGAUCCGAUAUGCCAACUAUACGUUGCAUGACGCAUUCAUUUACCUCCGGGCAGCCAGACCCGUGGUUACGCCCAACUUGGGCUUCAUGGACAAGCUGGUCGCCUACGAGGAAGAAAUUCAUGGUACCGAUCCUACAAUUGACACUCGCAAGUACGAAAGUUGGUUUACCUCCCAGGCUUCGUCCCCCGUUGCCAUUCCGGACUUGUUGCCGGAGUGACCUCUGAGAUCAGACUGUGGUGAUGAGCAACUGGGAAGGCCAGAAUCAACAGGGAAGGUGCUCUGAAAGACGCACAUGAUUCCCGCGUACUGAAAAAGACUUUGCAUCGCUCGGGGCGGCUCAGCAAAUCAAUAACAACUUGCACGUAUAUCUCCCCAUGACUCAGAUAGAAGCUUUGAAGACUGGGAGUCGAAUCCCAAUCAAUGUCUUUGUGGGACAGUUCAUACCGUUCAUACCCAUUGGAUCCAAGUGUGAAGUUGCUCACUUGGUUUUCGCCAAAGCUUCUCACAGAUUCUGGCUUUCCAUGUCAGACAGCUCACAUAGCCAG